UCUUCUAUCUCGCUUCUUCUUCUUCCUCUACAGUUUCUCUCUUUCUCCCAAACGCAGCGGUGCCGAGUAAAGAGGUGUGUUUUGAGGAGCGGAAAAAUGCUUCUUUUGUUUGAGACUCCGGCGGGUUUCGCCCUAUUUAAAGUUUUGGAUGAAGGGAAGCUCUCCAAAGUCGAGGACUUGUGGAGAGAGUUCUCUACUGCAGACUCUGCGAGACAGGUGGUUAAGCUGAAAGCUUUUUCCAAGUUUGAGAAUACAUCCGAAGCUUUGGAAGCAGUGACCUUGUUGAUUGACAGUAAGCCCAGUAAAGGUCUUCGCAAGUUCUUGCGUGCUCACUGUGAUGGCGAAACAUUGGCUGUGGCAGAUUCAAAGCUUGGAAACAUCAUCAAGGAGAAAUUGCAAGUAGAAUGUGUCCACAACAAUGCUGUUAUGGAGUUGAUGAGAGGUGUGAGAAAUCAGUUGACGGAACUUAUAUCUGGACUAGCAGUUCAAGACUUGGCACCAAUGAGUUUGGGUUUAUCUCACAGUCUUUCUAGAUACAAACUGAAAUUCAGUGCUGAUAAGGUUGAUACCAUGAUCAUUCAAGCCAUUGGUCUGCUCGACGAUCUUGAUAAAGAGCUGAAUACAUAUGCUAUGAGAGUUCGAGAAUGGUAUGGUUGGCACUUUCCAGAACUUGCCAAGAUUGUGCAGGAUAACAUCCUUUAUGCCAAGACAGUGAAGCUGAUGGGCGACCGUGUUAAUGCUGCUAAGCUUGAUUUCUCUGAGAUAUUGCCAGAGGAAGUUGAGGCAGAAUUGAAAGAAGCUGCUAUGAUAUCCAUGGGAACUGAAGUCAGCGACCUUGAUUUGACUAACAUCAAAGAACUCUGUGAUCAGGUCCUCCAUCUUUCCGCCUACAGAGCUCAGCUUUAUGAUUAUUUGAAGAGCAGGAUGAACAGCAUUGCUCCAAAUUUGACUGCUCUUGUUGGUGAACUUGUUGGUGCCCGCCUUAUUGCCCAUGGGGGUAGCUUGUUGAACCUUGCAAAGCAGCCUGGCAGCACAGUCCAGAUUCUUGGUGCUGAAAAGGCACUGUUCAGAGCAUUGAAGACUAAGCAUGCCACUCCCAAAUAUGGGCUUAUCUACCAUGCAUCAUUGAUUGGUCAGGCGGCACCGAAACUCAAGGGAAAAAUUUCACGGUCUCUUGCUGCCAAAGCUGCAUUGGCAAUUCGAUACGAUGCUCUUGGUGACAACCAAGACAAUUCUAUGGGGCUGGAGAACCGAGCCAAGCUUGAGGCCCGGUUAAGGAAUCUCGAGGGCAAAGAAUUGGGUCGUUCUGCUGGCUCAGCUAAAGGCAAACCUAAGAUAGAAGUCUAUGACAAGGACAAAAAGAAGGGAGCUGGGGCAUUAAUAACUCCUGCGAAGACUUACAACCCUGCAGCGGAUUUGAUUCUUGGACAAUUAACAAAUGAUAACCUAGAUGAAAAGGUUUCAAAGAAGAAGGCUGAGGAAGCCGCUGAGAAGGCUCCUGUUGAGGACAAAAAGGAGAAGAAGAAAAAGAAGAAAAAGAAGGAAGCCGAUGACACAGCUAUGCCAGAUAAUGGAAAUGCAGAUGAUGAGGAGCCUGCGAAAAAAGAGAAAAAGAAAAAGAAGAAACACUCAGCUGAGGAUGUUGAGGUGCAGAAUGAUGGCGAAAAUGGCGACGCGGGAGAAAAGAAAAAAAAGAAGAGAAAACAUGCUGAAGAAGAAGAAUCUGAGACUCCCAGCAAGAAGAAAGAGAAGAAGAAGAAGAAAAGUGAGGAUUGAGUAAGUAGUAGAAAGUUGUAAUUGCUAUCAACCCAAAAAAUUUUGAUUAGUUUAAGCGACAAGUUUAAUUUUCUUUAUGUAAAAUUUGGUUCUUGGUUUCCAUCGCUGUUCUGGUCUUUUGAGCUUAUCUCUUAUGUAAUCGUUUAGUAUUUAUUUAUGGACACAGUUGCUGGAAGUUGGUUAAGAA